CACACACACACACACACAGCGUCCAGCUUUAGGAGUGAGUCACCUGAGAGACUGAAGCGGCUGAGCUGAGUGAGCCCUGGUGAAAACUACCACCAUUUUACAGAGGGUAACAGUUCCUGUUACACCUCCUCUAACUGACCAGAGAGACAGGCUGGGCUUAUACAGCAUGAGAAGCUGGAGAAAGAAAUUCAAGGCUGAAGAGCCUCACAGCGUGACGGGGUCUUCCUCAAGCAAGAGGAACUCCAUCGGUGAGCCACCGGUGCCUGUGUGGGUUAAUCACUCACCCACAUCCAGUAUUAUCACAGAUGAUGCUGAAAACACCAGAUCUAGCACUCCGCCGUAUGCAGGUGUAGAGGAGGACGACAAAAAAGGGAGCAUGAAAGACAGGCUGAGGUCCCUCAUGCCUAGGUCUCUGGGGAACAUGUUCCAUAAACGGUCAGGGGAAAGUGAUAGUUGUGAGGACUCUGACCUCAGCACGAAAACAAUUCAGAUCCUUCCUAAUGGGACCAGGGUGAGUCCUCCUGUAAGUCCCCUGUUUGAGCGCAAGAAUUGUGGAGGCUCACUCGGCAACUCCAGCCAGAACUCCCAUAAGCUGUUGCUGACGGAGGACUCCGAUCAUUAUGGCCUACGGGAGGAAUCUCUUCUCACCAGCAUCCACCCUGCAGAGUACUAUGCCGAGAAGCUGGAAGUCUACAACCAGAAGUACUCUUACUUGAAAUCCUGGCCAGGCCUGCUCAGACUUCUUGCCGGACUUGAGCUCCUGUUUGGAGGAAUGGUCAUUGCUUGUGUCAUUGCUUACGUCCAGAAAGACAGCGAGUGGUCCAACGCCUAUGGACUCUAUAACGGUGCUUAUAACAACGGGCUGGGCUUGUCUGGAUACAGCUACAGCGGCCCCAUGACCCCCUUCAUUCUGGCCGUAGCUGGAAUCUCGUGGAUCGUUACCUUUUGUCUUCUGGUGGUGGGAAUGACGAUGAUUUAUCGCACCAUCCUCCUCAACUCCCCCUGGUGGCCUCUAGCGGAGGCUUUCAUGAACGUGGCACUCUUCCUGCUCCUCAUGGCUGCAGGGAUUGUAUACCUCAAUGACUUAAACCGUGGAGGGUUGUGCGACAUGACAAUAGGCGUUAACCCCGUCAUGGCCAAUCUUUGUCGGGUUGAUGGAGGCCAGAUGGCGGGAACAGCUUUCAUCUUCAUCAACAUGACACUGUAUCUUGGAAGCUUCCUGGUAUGUCUGAAGAUGUGGAGGCAUGAAGCCACACGCAGGGAGAGGGAGCACUUUGGGAACAAGCACCACGAGGAGUUUCACCAGUCCAUCCCUCUGACGCACCCCAAAACAACACGGAUUUCAUUCAAGGACGAAAUAGACAAGUCUGUGAGUAAAGAUUCCAUCGGUCCACGGGCAAAUGUCCUUGACUCGCAAGAGAACCCGGCCAGUGUGAGGAGAAAUACAGCAAUGGAAUACACGCCCAAAGCAUAUAUAGUGGCAGACUACAUCGUGAAGUUUCCGGAGAUCCGCUGCGUGGAAGAGCGGGAAAAGUACAAAGCUGUUUUCAAUGAUCAGUAUCUGGAGUACAAAGACCUUCACCGAGACCUCGCCAUCACACUCAGCAAGUUCAGAGAGCUGGACGUCAUGAUGGCACAACUCCUGAAAGCUGGAAAAGGCCAAGAGGAUCAACAGAGGAUUCGAAGCAUUCUGAAGAAAUAUGAGCAGAAAAAAAGUGAUCCUUCCUUCUUAGACAAGAAGGAACGCUGUGAUUAUUUGAAAGCCAAACUAAGUCACAUCAAAUACAGAAUCCACACAUUUGACCAGGAGAUGAUGACAAACGCUCAGACUGUGGUAACAUCCAUCAUGUAUGACAGCCCUCCCGUGUACAGCCCACCUUACAGCACCACCUCCCAAAGCUUCUAUCCUGCGAGAAGCGUCCAUUCCCCUCAGAGCCAGAGUGUCCCUCACACCUACAGUCUCCCUCCAGACUCCUACUAUGUGGAGGGCACGCCUCAGCACUUCUACCGCUGGUUUUCACCCCCCGGGUUUGUCAAGACCUUCCAGGGCGCCAUCGUAGUCAUGUGUUUCAUCAUCUUUGCCUGUGUCGCUUCCACUUUGGUGUGGGAUAUGAAUGGAUUUGGGUACGGGGGUUACGGUCUUGGGGCUACAGGAGGUGUCGCGGGGACGGGGUCAGGAUAUUACGGAGGCAGCUACGGAUAUGGCGGCUCGUACAUGACGCCGCACUCUGCCAAGGCGGCGAUGAUCUCCAUGGCAGCCAUCAACUUCCUGGUUUCACUGGGCUUCCUGGUGGGAAGUUUCUCACGGUCUCGGAUGAUUAGGGGAUGCAGGUUUUACCUGACUGUGUUCAUCUGUGAUAUCAUCUUAGCUGUCCUUCAGGGAAUCAUCGACAUUAUCUUUGUGAUUGGAGUGAAUCCGAUGUCUCAGAGCUCACAGAGCAUGUUGUACAACCCCAUGCUCAUGAUGUGCCAGAACAUCCAGGGCAGCCCCAGCCUCAGCGGAAGUGUGGGGGCAGGUUUCCCUGGGGGGUUCCCCAUGUACAACCAGUACCUGCACCACUACUGCUACAUGGACCCUGAAGAGGCUGUAGGAUUAGUGUUGGGUCUGAUGGUGGUGUUAGCUCUGUCUCUAUCCGCUUACUACGCAUACAAGACCCGCAGCAAGAUUUGGCGCCAUGGAAAGGCUAACAUCUACUGGGACAAUCCAGUGGUCAGACCCUCGGAGGGGCAGGAGGUGCUGGACUGGGCACCGACUGUUGUAGCAUCAGAGAGAACAGCGCCUGACCUCAGGGUGGCGAACAGCGUGGUCUCCUAUAGCAGCAAAACCGUCAACAUCCACAGUGAGGGACAAUAUCAAAGCAACAGUUUCUCUGCUGAGCGCAGCAAUCACGGAGCUGCGCUGCCUCUGUGCCAGAGCAGCACGGUCACGCGUUACUCCAGCAGCUCCUCGGACGAGAUCGGUAGCUUCCAAAAACCUCCUGCUCCUCCUCCUCAACCUCCUCAUGUGGAAAGGAAAGCAAGGAAGAAUCUGGAGCCUCGUCCUGCUGCUCAGGAGAUGGUCGAGUCUCAGUAUGAAACUGGUUACACCACUGGGGACACUGGUAAUGAACUGGACCAGGACCACACACUUCAUCUUUACAGGAUGUACCCAGAAAUAACCACAGAUGAGCAGCGGCAGCAGUACAAGAGGGAGUUUGACUCUGAUCUGACCCACUACAAGAGUCUGUGUGCAGACAUGGACAACAUCAGCGACCAAAUACACAAGCUGAGUCGAGAACUGGACACACUGGACGAAGGUUCUAUGAAAUACCAGGGGGUGGCAGAGGAGUAUAAUCACCUGAAAGACCUUAAAAGGACACCAGACUAUCAAGCAAAGAAGCAGCAGAGCAAACAACUCCGACAAAAGCUUUUUCACAUCAAGCGCUUGGUAAAAAUCUAUGACCAAGGUCUUUGUUAGUGUCUCAGUCAUGUGUUCAAACUGCUGAGGACUGUGAUCUUUGAGCAGCUUCUCUCCUGACUUCAGGCGCUGUAAGUCAGCUCUGGUUUGGACGCCAUGUUUACUCCUGCGCUGUCUUACCCUUCAGCUGUCAGUCACUAGGACUGACUUUCCUCUGCAAUAGCCUUUAGUUUUUAUGCUUGAUUUGGAAUUAUUGUGUUUCUAUGUUCUAAUGACUGUAUGUUUUUAUAUAAGAUGAAGAUAGAGGACAAAUAAUGUAAAUAAAACUAUUUAAACACA